AUGAUGUUUUCGUUUUUCAAAUUCUUUUAUUUCAUACUUUGUAUUACUGGUAUUGAAUUGGACUAUGGGCCCUUGCAUUUUAAAGGGUCCAUCACUCCUACUAAACCAACAAUUAACGAUGAUUUCAUAAUUCGAAAUAUUGUUGAUGAGUUACAUUCUAUUACCAAUGCAACUGACUUGAAUGAGUGUAUCUCCUGUAAAAUGAGACUUUUGGCAGGAAAAUCCUUAGCAUUUACUCGUCCUGAUUUAAUUCCUUUAGUCUAUUCCGAAUGGUGCUUGGAAAUGGGAUACGAUGAAACUAAGUGUCUUAUAAAUUUUGGCUAUCCAUCCAUUAAUUAUAGUUCUGAAGGCAAUGAUUUCACUCAAAUGAUCCAAUUGAUGAACCCUGAAGGUUUAGAUGGUGAUUUAUUCUGUUAUUUCCAUGAUUCAAAAUGUCAUAUUUUACCUGAAAUGCCCAAAUUAUCUAAAGUUGAAAACUUAUGGCCCCCAAAACCAAGACUUUACGACAGUCCUAAGAGUAGUGGUGAAUUCUUCAAUGUAUUACAUGUGAGUGAUCUUAAUUUGCAAACUGAUUACAAAACCCUUAGUGAAUCCAACUGUUCACAAUCCAUUUGUUGUUAUCCUCAGAGUUUCAAUAAAGAACCACCACCUUCUGAGUAUGACUAUUCACCUUUACUAGAUCCUGAAGUUGGGUUAUCAUUCUAUGACAGUACCUAUGAAAAUGGGCAUUUCCAAAAGGGCCAAUUCUUAGAUAUGUAUACUGGAUCCAAUCAUUUGGAAGUUGCUUCACCUAAAUGGAUACCUUGUCAUGAAUUCGGUUCUUAUAAUUGUGAUCUGCCAGAACUAUUGAUAAACAAUACCUUGCAGAUCAUUAGGGAUUUCCAUGAAAAUCAUUUGAAUUUUGAGUUUGGAAUAUUCACAGGAGGUAUGAUGGAUCACAAUGAAAAAUUGUUCACGGAUAAAUAUCAAGUUUUGAAUACUCAAUUAAGAGGAUACAAUGAUAUUUUUAAUUAUUUGGAUACAUUCCCGAUUUUCCCCACUUUUGGUGUGAGAGAUAAUUUCCCUGUCAAUCAAUUACCACAGAAUUCAAUGGAUACUGUACAUAAUUUCCAAUGGCAGUUUGACUUUUUGUCUGAUUUAUGGCAAGAAUUGGGAUGGAUUGAUCUUCGUGCUAGUAAACAAAUUCGGUAUAAUAAAAUCGGGUAUAGUAUGAUAACCGAAAGAGGUCUCAAAAUAAUAUCUUUAAAUUCGAAUGUGUGGAGUGCUCAUAAUUUAUACAGUUUCGUUGAUAGUUUAAAUUUUGAUCCCUUUGGUAUUUGGCGAUUCUUAACAGAUGAAUUGAUCGACAGUGAAAUUAAUGAACAACGAGUUUGGAUUAUUUCUCAUUUACCUCCAUCAAGAAAUUCUUUACCUGUUCCAACUAAAGUGUUCACUAAAAUAAUUAAAAGAUUUAGCCCCAAAGUUAUAGCAGCAAUAUUUUUCGGACAUAAUUUGAAUGAUGAAUUCAACCUAAUAUACGGAGGAGAUGGCACAGAUAAAAAUUUAUCAAAUUUGAUCAACUAUGCUUUGGUUGGUCCAUCUAUUAGUCCAUUCAAGGGUAACAAUCCUUCAUGGAGGUAUUACAGUGUGGAUACUGAAUCAUUUGAAAUUAUCAAUUCAUUCACUUACUUUACUAAAUUGAAUUACACCUUCAUUAAUAGUGGUGCAGAGCCUAUUUGGGAAUUUGAAUACCUGGCACGAGAUGCUUUUGACCCUGAAAAUCUUUGGUCAGUAGAAAGAAAUUUGGAUAUGGAAUUCUGGCAUCAUGUAGGAGAAAAGAUCAGAGAUUUACCCGAAAUCAAUCAAUUGUACACUCGUAUUCAACGGAGAUACUCACCUUUUGAUGAUUAUGAUUAUGAUUUCAAUUCUCUGUCAAUUCUAAAUAAUGAUAAUUAUUGUAAAGUUUCAAGUUUCACUGUUUUCAAUCAGAAAGAAUGUAUGUUAACUAACGAUCAAGAUGAUUAUAUAAGACCUGAAGCCUCACUUACUUACAUUCCUAUUAUCAAACCUUAUGAGCCACCUGAAUAUGAGUUAUAUAGUAUUCCUGACCCCACCCAAAAUUCACCUGAAGAAUAUCAUGAUUUCCAAUUACCCAAAUCUGAACCUUUUGUAAUGGAUGAACCAGUUGACACUAUCCCCUUACCAAUAAAAAAAUCAUCAAUGAGAGAUAGAGUGCAUAACAAACAUAAAGAGGUGAAAAAAGAAUUAUUUAGAAGAGAUGUUCGUUCUUGA